AUGAAGCCGUUGCUCGGGCAAAGUAUUGUUCUUUUGGAGAUGCAGUUGUUGAAGAGACCGACCCUGUCCUCAGUCUCUGUCCUCAGUCUCUGUCCUCAGUCUCUGUCCUCAGUCUCUGUCCUCAGACCCUGUCCUCAGUCUCUGUCCUCAGUCUCUGUCCUCAGUCUCUGUCCUCAGUCUCUGUCCUCAGUCUCUGUCCUCAGUCUCUGUCCUCAGACCCUGUCCUCAGUCUCUGUCCUCAGUCUCUGUCCUCAGUCUCUGUCCUCAGUCUCUGUCCUCAGACCCUGUCCUCAGUCUCUGUCCUCAGUCUCUGUCCUCAGUCUCUGUCCUCAGACUCUGUCCUCAGACCCUGUCCUCAGACUCUGUCCUCAGUCUCUGUCCUCAGUCUCUGUCCUCAGUCUCUGUCCUCAGACCCUGUCCUCAGUCUCUGUCCUCAGUCUCUGUCCUCAGUCUCUGUCCUCAGUCUCUGUCCUCAGUCUCUGUCCUCAGACCCUGUCCUCAGUCUCUGUCCUCAGUCUCUGUCCUCAGUCUCUGUCCUCAGUCUCUGUCCUCAGACCCUGUCCUCAGUCUCUGUCCUCAGUCUCUGUCCUCAGUCUCUGUCCUCAGACUCUGUCCUCAGACCCUGUCCUCAGACUCUGUCCUCAGUCUCUGUCCUCAGUCUCUGUCCUCAGUCUCUGUCCUCAGACCCUGUCCUCAGUCUCUGUCCUCAGUCUCUGUCCUCAGUCUCUGUCCUCAGACCCUGUCCUCAGACUCUGUCCUCAGACUCUGUCCUCAGUCUCUGUCCUCAGUCUCUGUCCUCAGACUCUGUCCUCAGACCCUGUCCUCAGACUCUGUCCUCAGUCUCUGUCCUCAGUCUCUGUCCUCAGACCCUGUCCUCAGACUCUGUCCUCAGUCUCUGUCCUCAGUCUCUGUCCUCAGUCUCUGUCCUCAGACCCUGUCCUCAGUCUCUGUCCUCAGUCUCUGUCCUCAGACUCUGUCCUCAGACCCUGUCCUCAGACUCUGUCCUCAGUCUCUGUCCUCAGUCUCUGUCCUCAGUCUCUGUCCUCAGACCCUGUCCUCAGUCUCUGUCCUCAGUCUCUGUCCUCAGUCUCUGUCCUCAGACCCUGUCCUCAGACUCUGUCCUCAGUCUCUGUCCUCAGUCUCUGUCCUCAGUCUCUGUCCUCAGACCCUGUCCUCAGACUCUGUCCUCAGUCUCUGUCCUCAGUCUCUGUCCUCAGUCUCUGUCCUCAGUCUCUGUCCUCAGUCUCUGUCCUCAGUCUCUGUCCUCAGACCCUCUGUCCUCAGACUCUGUCCUCAGUCUCUGUCCUCAGACCCUCCUGA